UCAUCAAUAUACUGAACAAAGAAGAAUCUUUUCUUAUUCUUCUCAAACUCAUCAACAAUGAAUAAACAAGGACAUGGCCACUUCCCAGAUGAUUGCUGGGAACUUAUAUUCCAAAAACUUAGAGAAGAUGAUGAGCGUCACUUGGGUUCGAUAUCUUUGGUCUCAAAGCGGUUCCUUUCGAUAUCUAAUCGGGUGAAGCUUAGCUUGAAAUAUGUAAACAACGAGACACUCCCUCUACUUCCGAAUCUUCUUCAAAGAUUUCGACACAUUGAAGCCAUAGUCAUCCACAAUAAUCCCCGCAAGGACAUAGACGGACUCGUUGAUCUGAUUUCACGGUCUGGUGUAUUGAAUCUCCAAGCCAUAAGGUUUCGUUGGUGUAUGACGGAACCUCCACGAGAUGGUUUUAAGGCAUUGGCGUUGAAUAAGAAUAUAAAGAACAAUAUGAAGGUAUUGGAUUGCUCUGGAUUUAUCUCUAUCCAAGACAGCGAUUUGGUUUUGAUAGCGGAUUGUUUCCCACGGCUAGAGGAACUCAGGAUUCAUCCGGUUAUGUAUAUAGGCAAUGAUAAGUUUGCGGCACGAAUAACAGAUGAUGGUGUGGAGGCACUGGCAUCAAAGCUUAAGCAGUUGAAGGAGAUUGCGUUGGAAGGUCAUGCUUGUUUCAUUACUGACCAAUCGCUUAUUUCUCUGUCCACAAAUUGUGUGGAACUGAGUAAAAUUAGUAUUUGGCAAAGCGAAAGAGGUCAACAUAAUGUGACUGUUGGCGGCAUUGAUUUUGUGAUGCGGCAUAGUCCCAAUUUGACCUCUCUCUCGCUAGAUUUGUCACCAUUACAACCUUCUGCAUUCUCUUUUUCGAAGGAAAAUGCGUUCACCAAUGCCAAAAAUCUGCAUUCUCUAACUAUGUGUCGACAACUCAUUUCAAGCAAGAAUAUAUGUUUAGUUGCAAAAGCACAUCCUCCAUUAAAGAUGCUCAAGCUCGUUGGCUUUGAGGGCCAGUAUUUUGAAAUCCAUGGCGCAUUAAAAUUGCUUUUGCAGGCAUGUCAGUUGACAUUGGAAGACCUAACCUUAGCAUGUUGGUCCCUCAUAGACACAGGUAUAAGUGAUUUGGCUCAACAUCUCUCUAAUCUUACUUUUAUAGAUCUUCAUGGAUCUUCUAGGUUGACUAGUGCCACCUUUUACACCCUCACGAAAAGUUGUCCUUUACUUCAAAUACUUAAGAUGGCAUAUACAAGAGGACUAGAGAUGAAUUUUUUUUUUUUCCGGAUUAUUUACCGAAAAACUAUCAUAUGCAACACCUUGAUAUCUCCGGGAAUAAAUGUUUUCCCGAAUCUCCAAUUCCUCGAUGUAAGUUAUUGUGAACAACUCACCUUCUUUAGCAUUGAAGAAGUUUUGAGGAGAUGCCCUUUUAUCACACAACUGAAUAUCAACCAUCUCAAGGUUUCAUGUGUUUUUGGGAGAUACUCUGACCACUUUGUAGUGAAUUUGAAGACUUUGAAAGCUCGUGAAACCCAAAUUAAUGACGAAGGAAUGUCAAUGAUUGGAAAUAGGUGUCGAAAUCUCCAACAUUUGGACAUUGGAUGCUGCGAAAACGUGACAGAUAAAGGGGUAAUGGAGGUGGUGAGGAAUUGUGAAAGACUGAGUCAUACAACUUUAGUUGGGUGUACAAAUGUGAGCACCGAUAUUUUACUUCAGAUGGUGUCAUCAAGGCCCUCCCUUGGGAACAUUGAGCCACCAUGCUUUGGUGAUCUCAGUGAAGAGAUGAUAAACGGAGCCCUGUCAUCUGGAUGCCGGCUUGCCGCAAAGUCACCCCACUCUUCUUCGAAUUGA